GCUGUCAAUAGCAACUAGUCAAUCGCAACGUGGUCAAAGAGGAACGCGGGACGCUCUGCCAUUAAUAAAGACGAUCUCAAUAUACCACGUUGGAAGCGAAUAUACAAGAGAAAAUGAGUUUUUUGGAAAGAAAUCGUGUGAUCAAGUAUAAAUCUUUAUCGGAUCUCGAGAAGAAGUGGCAAUUCUUUAUCUUUCUACAACCAGAGUUUAUUUCUCAGAUUCAUAUGAUUAUGGCUUUUAAUGACAAUGCAGCUAUGAUUGUGACAAAAGACAAAAUGGUAUAUGGUUUAGGCUACAAUGGACAUGGUCUAUUGGGGAUAAAUGAUGAAAAUGACAUUUUUCCGCCGAAAAAAAUAGAAGAAUUAUGUGGAAAAAAUAUAAAGACUUUCUGCUGCUAUGAUUCUUGUAGUCCUGUAUUUGCACUUACAGAAGAGGGAAAGAUAUAUUCUUGGGGUUCCAAUAUAGAUCGUAAAUUGGGAUUGGAUUUGAAACCAUCUAGAAAAAUAUACCUGCCUACUAAAGUUAUAAAUGAAGAAUGCAUAGACAUUGCAUGCAGUUCCGAUCAUGCUUUAGCUUUAACUAAAGAUGGAAAAAUUUAUACUUGGGGAACUGAGAAAUAUGAGCAAUUUCUUAAUGAGGGCGCAUCAUAUCGAGGGGUAGCUACCAUAUCGAUAGGCUUUCCAUAUGAGGUGAAAUUUAAUUGCGAAACAGAGAAAAUUAUCUGCAUUGCCUGUGGUGUAAUGUUUAAUGUGGUAAUCACCGAUAAUGGUAAAGUGUAUAGCUGGGGUUUGAAUGGUGGUCGAUUAGGAUUGGGCCACUACGAGAAAAAGUUAUCUCCAUGCUUAAUCUUCUCAUUGGUAGAUGUUAAAAUAGUUAAAGUAGUCUGUGGAGCAAUGUUUACAUUGGCUCUCACUGAUAAAGGAGAAGUCUAUUCCUGGGGUGUUGGAUUAUAUAGCAAAAGAGAAAUGAAUCCUACCAAGGUGAAUAUGUCUAAAAUAGGGAAGGUGUCAGACAUUGCAGCACAAUACAAUAUGGGAGCCGCUUUUGACGAAAACGGAAACGUCUUUAUAUGGGGCAAAUAUUUUGAUCAAGAGGUUUCAUUUAUCACACAGCUUUCGAACAUAAGCGAUAUUUUCAAAUAUAAUGUGUCGUAUAUUAUUAAUAAUUCAAUUGAUUAUGAUAAUACGAAAGGAAAAUCAAAUAUAUUGGAAUGUCUGGAAGAAGCGUUCAAUGAUUCGUCGACAAGUGAUCUUACAAUACAGGUAGAGAAACAAUCUAUUCAUGUUCAUAAAGCUAUUUUGAUGAUUCGUUGUCAGUAUUACAGAAAUAUGUUCAAAUAUAAUUGGAAGGAAAACGAUCAAAAUAUCAUCACACAGGACCAAUUCUCCUACAAUGUAUAUAAAGCUUUCUUGGAAUAUCUAUAUACUGGCAUAAUCAAUCUGCCUUCAGAGAAAGUAUUAGAACUCGCACAGUUAGCUGAUGCAUAUGGUGAAACAAAUCUUAAGGAAAAUUGCGUAUUAUUGAUAAAACAAACUAUAACUGUUUCAAAUGUAGCCAUGAUUUACAAAGAAGCAGUCCAAUAUAAUUCACAGGAAGUAGAAGAGAUCUGCUUCCAAUUUGCACUGGAUCAUCUAACAGAUAUGGUACAAACGGAAAACUUUAUUAACUUAAACGAAGAUAUAAAAACCAAUUUUUUAAUUAAAGCAGCCAAAGUUGGUGCUUUUAAGAAAUAGAUAUUUUUUAUCUAA